GUCUGUAUCCUCAAAGAAUACAGUCAAGCUCUACUUCCACCUGAUUGUGUCUCACUAGCAGUCAUGAUCCUAACCAUUUCCUUCAUUUGGGCCAUAGUGGUUGGUCUUUGCUGUUGUCUUUGGCUUAUUACAGGAAUACGCAGAAGACAUCCUGCAGAGCCUCCAUUAGAGAAUGGCUGGAUUCCCUUCCUUGGCUGUGCUCUUCAGUUUGGGGCAAAUCCUUUAGAGUUUCUUCGCAGCAGACAGAAGAAGCAUGGCCAUAUUUUUACAUGCAAGAUUGCUGGGCAGUAUGUUCAUUUCCUUUGUGAUCCAUUCUCCUACCAUGCUGUCAUCCGUCAAGGAAGGCACCUUGACUGGAAGAAAUUUCACUUUGAUGCCUCUGCGAAGGCAUUUGGUCAUGAGAGCAUGGAUCCCAGUCAAGGUUACACCACUGAGAAUUUGCAUCAGACUUUCCUGAAGACCCUGCAAGGGGAUGCCUUGUCUUCUCUAAUCGAGACCAUGAUGGAAAACCUCCAGGGCACCAUGCUGCAAUCUGGAAUGUUGAAGGCCACAACCUCUGAAUGGCAAAGUGAUGGUAUUUACGCCUUCUGCUACAAGGUCAUGUUUGAAGCAGGCUACCUGACCCUCUUCGGAAAGGAACUGGAUGGGGACCAGAGCAUUGCACGUCAGCAGGCCCAAAAGGCUCUGGUGCUCAAUGCUUUGGACAACUUUAAAGAGUUCGAUAAGAUCUUCCCAGCUCUGAUCGCUGGGCUCCCCAUUCAUGUUUUUAAGAGUGCCUACAGCGCUCGUGAGAAACUUGCCAAGACUAUGCUCCAUGAGAACCUCAGCAGGCGUGCCAAUGUGUCUGAUCUCAUCUCCUUGCGCAUGCUUUUGAACGACACACUAUCUACCUUCAACGAGCUGAGCAAAGCCCGGACCCACGUCGCUAUACUUUGGGCUUCACAAGCCAACACUCUGCCUGCAACCUUCUGGACUCUGUUCCACAUGAUCAGGUGCCCUGCGGCAAUGAAGGCUGCAAGUGAGGAGGUGAGGCGAACCUUUGAAAGUUCUAAUCAGAAAGUUGAUCCUACAAAUUCUCGGCUUGUACUGACAAGGGAGCAGUUGGACAACAUGCCAGUUUUAGACAGCAUCAUUAAAGAGGCGAUGAGACUGUCCAGUGCAUCCCUUAAUGUGAGAAUGGCCAAGAGCGAUUUCCUUCUUCAACUAGACAAUAAGGAGUCUUACCACAUUCGGAAAGAUGAUGUAAUUGCUAUGUACCCACCGAUGAUUCACUUUGAUCCUGAAAUUUAUGAUGAUCCUUUGGAAUUCAAGUAUGAUAGAUACAUUGAUGAGAACGGGCAGGAAAAGACCACCUUUUACCGUAAUGGGCGCAAGCUUCGUUACUACUACAUGCCCUUUGGCUCUGGGGUGACCAAAUGCCCAGGACGCUUCUUUGCGGUGCAUGAAAUCAAGCAGUUCUUGUCUUUGUUGCUAUCGUACUUUGAGAUGGAACUUUUGGACUCUGAUGUGAAAGAACCGCCGUUGGACCAGUCUCGGGCUGGACUGGGUGUACUGCAGCCCACCUAUGAUGUUGACUUUCGUUACAGACUCAAAUCUCUCUAAGUUUCUUGCUUGUAUUUAUUGACUGUUGGCUUGUACUGUAAAUAAUGUAUAUUUUUGAAAUUUCUUAGUAGACAAUUGUAAAUAGCCCUUGUUGUCUUUUCUUUCUUUUUAAAGUGGAUUUGGUAGAAAUGUCUGGAAGUUUGAAUGUCACUUUACGUUUUCAGUAUCAUUUACUGCACCUUUAUUAUGUGUAUACACAGUAUUUCUCAUAGUUCUUAAAUUAUAGUGUAGUUUUCAUUCUUUUAUAUUGUAAAUUGUUUAGGAAAUGUAAUAAACUACACGCAUCUGUCACUGUCUGUUAAACAUUUUGUAAAAUAAUGUGCUUUGUGAUUGUACUGAACUUUAUUUUCAAAGUACAGACUGAAUUUUUUAAACCAAA